AUGCAGCACUACGGCGUGAAUGGCUACUCUCUGCAUGCCAUGAACUCUCUCAGUGCCAUGUACAACCUCCACCAGCAGGCAGCCCAGCAGGCCCAGCAUGGGCCUGAUUAUAGACCCUCUGUGCAUGCUCUCACCCUGGCAGAGAGGCUGGCCGGCUGUACAUUUCAAGACAUCAUCUUGGAGGCCCGCUAUGGCUCUCAGCACCGAAAGCAGCGCCGCAGCCGCACGGCCUUCACGGCCCAGCAGCUCGAGGCCCUGGAGAAGACCUUUCAGAAGACUCACUACCCGGACGUGGUGAUGCGGGAGCGACUGGCGAUGUGCACCAAUCUGCCGGAGGCCCGAGUACAGGUGUGGUUCAAGAACCGAAGGGCCAAGUUCCGCAAGAAGCAGCGGAGCCUGCAGAAGGAGCAGCUUCAGAAACAGAAGGAGGCCGAGGGCGGGCACGGGGAGGGCAAAGCUGAAGUCCCUAACCCGGAUGCCCAGGCCCCCGGCCUGCCCGAGUCUGAGCAGUCCUGUACUCUGUCUGGAGAGCCCUCCACUGAACUACACCUGACCCUGUCUGAACAGUCAGCUGGUGAGUCAGCCCCCGAGGACCAGGCUGACCGGGAGGAGGAAGAGGAGGAGGUGGUACGGGGAGCCACCGAGCAAGGCAAGACCGAGAAGAGCCCAGGCCUGGAGGGCAAGGGCUUCAGCUGCAAGAGGAGCAGCCCCAAAGCAGACUCACCGGGCGGCACAGCCUCUGCCCCCCUGCCGCCGCAGACCUCGGGAGCUGGGGCCGGCGGCGGCGGCGGCAGCGUCCUGGGACCCUCUCACUCCUACUCAUCGUCGCCGCUCAGCCUCUUCCGUCUGCAGGAGCAGUUCCGCCAGCACAUGGCGGCCACUAACAAUCUGGUGCAUUACUCGUCCUUCGAGGUGGGAGGCCCGCCGCCCCCAGCCGCUGCCGCCGCCGCCGCCGCUGCAGCAGCCGCCGCCGCCGUGCCCUACCUGGGUGUCAACAUGGCACCGCUGGGCUCCCUCCAUUGCCAGUCCUACUACCAGUCGCUGUCGGCCGCAGCUGCCGCGGCCCACCCGGGCGUGUGGGGUUCUCCGCUGCUCCCCGCGGCCCCCGGCGGCCUGGGGCCCCCGCCGCCCCCUCCGCCCGCAGCCGCCGCCGCAGCAGCAGCCGCUGCGUCGGCAGCGCUGAACAGUAAGACAAGCAGCAUCGAGAGCCUGAGGCUCCGGGCCAAGCAACACGCAGCCUCCCUGGGACUGGACACGCUGCCCAACUGAGCAGUGUGUCCCCAGGAAGGCGGGUCUCCUGCCCUGGCCCAUCCCCUGCCCCCGAGGUCGGUCCAAAGCCGCGGAUCAACCUCUCCAGUCCGUCUAGUCCCAGGCGGUAGGGAAGGGACGAGACGGAACUGGAGGCCUAGGGCGGCCUGCAGCCCCAUCCCAGCCCCGUUCCUCCGGAGUCUAGGGCCAGGUCCCCUCCACACCUCCCACCCCAAUACCUUCCUGGCCCCUGUCAAGCACCCACGCCAGGCCGAUCCCCGCCGCCGCCUCAGUGACGGGGACAGGGGAAGGGGGGGGGGCUGCGGGGCGGAGGUGAAGGCUGCACCUGCUGCACCCCUGCAUGGCCCUAGGAGGAAGCUGAUGUGGGGUGAGGGGAGGGCGGGAGGAAGGAAAUCUGUCUCUCCCCCGUGAACUCAACUUCCCCCACCCCCGCCCUUGACAGCCCUAAAGGAGGAGCACCAGACUCCUACCUCGUCCCUGUCUCCCUCCCUUCGUAACUGGAUGUGUGGAAUGUGAUAUAAAUAUAAAGAUAUAAAGAUCUAUUUUGUUUCCCCGCCCCUCCCGCCAUUCCUCUCCCGGCCUCCCCAAGAUUCCCCAGCGUUGGCACCCUGUCCCUCUGACUCUAUCUGUUUUCUGGCUGUGUCUCGGUGGGGUGUCUGUCCCACUCUCCUCUAUCCCCUUCUAACGUCCCAAAGUCAUGUCCACCUAGCUUCAGGCGAUUUGGCUGGGUUCUGGAUUUCUUCUCUGCCUGACCUUUCCUUUUCUCCCUCUGCUCAUGUCUGUCCCCCUCCCCUCCCCCUUAGCUCUCAUCUCUCUCCCUCUAUCUCUGUCUCUUCCUCCCUGUUUUUUUUUUUUUCUUUCAGUCGCAGACUCUCAAGACUCUCAGAACCAAAAGGAACUGAAGGAGUCAUACAGUACCAUAUGGACAGGAGGAGGAUGCUUGGGUUCUGGAGCUUCUUUAGUCAUGCCACCUUUGUUUGAAGACCUCCAGGAACAGGAAGCUCAUUACCUCCAGGGGCAGUGCACUGUACUUUGGGGCAGCUCUUUCUUCUCUGUCUGUUUCUCAAAGUCAUCUCUUUCCUUCUGUUUUUUUCCCCUCGACCUCUGUUUCCCUUUUGGUCUCUCUCCUUCAUUCUCUUCUCUUUCACUUACCUCACCACUCACUUCCUCAGUUUCCCCAUAUGGCAAAUAUGGACCUACCUGCCUGUGUUGCCCCCUGUCCCACAACUAUUGAGCUUCACUUUUGUUUAUGCUUGUGCUAUUUUUUGAAUUCUCCCCUUUCCAACCCAACCCCAUUUCCCCCAGCCAGGGUCACUAGCCCACCCCACCCCAUUCUACCCCCUGAAACCUUAGCAUCUGGUGUGACUGUUGUGUCAGGAAAGGAGACCUGAGCAGGAGGAAAAAAUAACCACUUCUGAGAAAGCUGUGCUCCUCUUGGUUAAUUUUCCUGAGCAGGAAGUAGUGGCAAAGUCACUUCCUGUGUCUCAAAGAGAAUUCUAGUGGCAGAGUUGGAAGGGACCUUCGAGACCAUUUUUCUCACCCCUUCAUCUUACAGAUAGAGAAACUGGGGCCUAGAAAAGACAAGGGGCCUGCUCAGGGUCACAUAAUGCCAAAGCCAAAAGGAACCUAUGAGAGAGAACAUUAGCUUCAUUCACAGAUGGUUAGAAUGGGACCCAAGGAUGACAUAAAGAAAUUCCUCCCCCAGAGCAGAAACUGAGCUCUUCUUUUCCAUUUAGUUGGGAGGUCUUAGAGUGAGGUAGGAGGGGCACUGAAAGAUUUUGUUUGAAGUGGGGUUGGGUGGGCAGGGACUGGACACCAGCCUGACAUGACCUGAUUUGACUCAGCUCAGCCAAUAAGGCCUGGAGCUUUUCUGUUCUUCUUUAACUCCCAGAACAGGGAAGCACACAUUCUUUUAAGGCCUGGGUGAUCCUGGGCAGAAAUACUUUCCAGAACUGAAGAGCAGGAAACCUACAGUUCUAAGAUGUAGGAUCUCCCUGAGAAUAGGGAUGAGACUAGGACUGAAGUAUCUGUCCUCAGAAAAGAAGUAUUAAAAAGCAAGAAAACAAAUAGACCCCUUCUCCAAAACUGGAUGGGAAUGAUCUCUCCCACUCCUUAUAGAGAGUGGUGAUGGAGUGGGAAUUCUAAAUGUUUGGACCUUUGGGGGACAGCUUUUAUUUCCAAACAGGGAACUUAGACAUCACUUUUGGUGGAAAUCAAUCAAAUCUUGCAUUUGUUUAGGUUUUAGUUCUCAAAAUGAAUGGCUUUAAUGAGAACUUCUGCCCUAACUGCUAACAGGGAAGAAAGAGGGAAAACAGAAGCUUGACUUCUAGCUCCUAGUUCAGGGAACCUGAGGCCAGCUGGGUAAGCACUCAGCUCCAAGUGAUGCCAUGGCAGGUCUAGGAUCCACAGUUCCAUCUAGCUUUGACAGCUUAAUCAUUGUGUGACCUUGGCAGCUUUCUUGCCCUCUUGGCCAUCUGUAGAAUGAAGGGGGGACCUUCUAUCUUAAUGAUCCCAUAUUUACUUGUGUUUCCAUAGUUCUGAUGGAGGGCAGAAGCCUUUAAUUAGAGAAAUGAGCAAUUGACCCUAGAAACAGACAGCUAACUAGAAGCAGGAUCCAUUGAUUUGAAGAUAGAUGGAGCUAGGUUUUUGGCCAUGACCCAUAUGUAUAAAAUGUAUGCACUGACAGGAUGCUGAUGGGGACUAGACUCUCUCAGACCAAGGUGUGAGUGUUUUUCUGCAGAAGAGAACUCCUGAAUUUCAUCCCUGCCUCCCCAGAUGCCUCUGGGUCAUCAGGGACUCCUGUUCUUUCCCAGACUUCAGGAAUCUGCCUCUAGCUUUCUUGGGAACACCUUUAUCCUCCUGUUAGCCCGCAGAACCUGCUGGAGCUAGUCUGUCACCAUAAAAUCAUGCAGAAGGCACUGAAUUUGGAGUCUGAGGAUCUGGAUGGGAAUCACAACUCUGAAUGACCUUGAAUAUGUCCUACUCACUCUUUAGGCCCCUGGUUGUUCCUUUGGGGAAAAAAGAGAAAGAGUUAGAUUAAAUGGUCCUUCAAGGUUCUUCCAUCUCUAAAGUUGAUGAUCCUCCGAUGGCACCCUGAUGGCCUAGGAAGCUUGUGAGAAGUCCUGGAGCUAUUCCUCAAGGACCUUUCCUCUUUGCCCUCUUUCCAUCUCAAUUUCCUAAAAUUGGGAUCCCCCUCCUGGUCCAGAGUCUUGAAAACCCUGAGUAAGCUUUGCUUGAAUCCUCCUCUAACCAUUCUGCCAAAAGCCAGCAGAAAGCCUGGGUCUGAGUAUAUGUUUCUCAUCCGUGCCAUUCCUGCUGGCCAGGGCUAGCAGAAUUGGCCCCUCCUCUCUUGGAAUAUGGAGAGGAAGAGUGACUAUAGGCUUGGGAUAGGGUUGACUUCUCUUUAUUCGAAGCUGGUGUUGCUGAAUGUGUAUUAUCCAAGAUCCCUUGAUUUCUUCCUUCUCCCUUCCUAUACCCUGUCUCAGGCUUCCUCCCUGAUCCAACCAUCCCAACUGGCUCAGGAGAGGGAAGUUUGGGAAAAGAAGGAGGGUUGGUUGGAGCCCCUGGAAUGGGUAGGGUUUAGGGAGGAAAUCUAUUUCUAUGAGGAAGUUGGUCUGCUUCCUCUGAUCCUGUGCCCCUUGUUUAGUCAAGAAUGGGAUUUCCUAUAGGAAUCGUGGGAAGAGAUCUUAGAGUGGGGAAUCUUUAACUUCUCACUUUCCAGGAGUCCAGGGAUAAAUUUCAGAAGGUCUGGGAACUUGGAUGGGGAAAAACAUGUCUUUAUUUUACAUCCCACUAUUUCCUUUAAUUAUUUUAAAAUGUUGUUCUGAGGAGUCUACAGACUUCAUGAGAGCACCCAAGAGGUGCGCAUUAGUUUAAAAAAAGGGAGGAAUUCCUUACUUCAAAACCAUCCAAUACAACCCUCUCAAUUUACAGGGAAGCAAACUGAGGUUCACAAAGAGACUGAGACUCAAUUGAAAUCAAGCACACCUUAAAUAGCAGAUCCAGUCUUCUUUUGUAGGUUCUGGUCAUAGAGGGAAGAAAGGUUGCCUGGACUUCCUGGGUUGUUUAGUGAAUCAGUUUGGCUAACAGGUGCUCUCAUUCUCUUUGCCCCCUCCAUCCAUCAAGGAACACAUCUUUCCUGAGUUUCUUCCAGUGUCCAUGCUCAUGACCUGCCCCACUGGAGAUGGAUUAAUGGAAUGGGGGUGAAGGGGGAGUGUAGACCAGAGUCUUGACCUGUAGGAGUACCCAGGCUGAUGGGGAAUAUCAGAAGAUCCUUCCGGGAGCAGAGGCUAAGCUAGCAAAGAUUCUGGCUAGACUAGCAGGUCUUUGGGACCUCAGAGGAGGGAGUGAUCAUUGACUGAUCUGGUCAGGGGAGGCUGAUAGGGGCAAGUGGGCAUGCAGCUGUGCCCAGAAGGACAGGGAUAAUUUGGAUAAGCAGAGGGGGGAAGGAAAAGGGUGUUCAGGGAAUGAGGAACAGCUUGUGCAAAGAUAUAGAGGCAGGACAGAGGCUUCUGGAUUGGUGAGGAAUCUGCCUGGCUGGAACAGAGGGUGAGUAAAAUGAAUUUAAGGAAUGAAAUACUGGGAAGAGAGGUUGGGACUAGCUGGUAGCAGGCCUUGAGGGCCAGGAUGGUGAGUAUAUUCCAUAGGCAAUGGAAAGCACCCCGAGGUGUCUGAGGAAUGGAGUGAUAUGGGCAGAACGAGAUUUAAGGAAGAUAAUUUGGGCAGCAUGUGGAGGUGGGAGGGCAGAAUCUUUGCUUUUAGAUCCUCAGGGCCUUGUACAUUGGAGAUGCUCAAUAAAUGUCUGUUGAAUCCCAUGUCCUUUAACCAAAUCCAGAAGCUGGAGUUAGAGAGUCCAGACUGUAGGUUUGCAUCCUCUGGCCUUUCCUUCCUACCUAGUUUCCCACUGAGAGUUGUGGUGUGUGUGUGUAGAAAUAGUAGCCCAGAAGUGGGGACUUCAGGAGCCAGCCUGGAGCUUUGGGAGAAGAGGGAAGGCCUAGUUCAUAGGUAGCCCAAGUCAAUAUGCUGAGUUUUCAGGAUCUCAGCUUCUGCCCCCCAGGAGCCUCUGAUCCAAGUAACCAGUAGUCCUCGUUCCUCCAAACUCCUGACCUCCACCUCUGAAAGCUCAGAAAAGAUCCAAGAGACUAGGAACCCCCCCAGGGCAAGAUCCAGGUUCUGAUGUCAGUAGAUUAAUCACCUUACCUCAUCCCAGGGAUGGCUUCUCAGGGAAUGAAGAUCAGAGAGACCACUAAGGCAGUAACUUACUUAGAGGUAAGGAUUCCAAUGAAUCCAAGGAUUCCAAUUCCUGGCCUAACUCAGACCAGAUUCAAACCUCUGGCCUUGUAGGCCUGGGUUCUCCUUUCCCAUGUCCCAACUCAAUUCAAUUAGUUUUCCUAGUCUUGGACCUAGACUCACUUGGGCUCAGAAUCAAGCUUAUUUGAACUCCCUCCUCUGGGAAGAGGAGGGGAGACCCUAGACCCAUAUUGGUGAACCCAUGGCAUUCAUGCCAGAGGGAGUUGCUCCCUUCCCCUUCUCCACUGGACCUGAGAACAUUUCUGUCAUCACCCACUCCCCUGUCUGGGGUGAGGGGGUUACUCACAUACAGUGUGAGGGUUGCAGUUUGGGCACUCGGUCUUGAAAAGGUUUGACAUCACCAUCCUAGACCCUGACCUGGCACAUAACUCCCCCAUAGGCAGAGGAGAUACAUAUAUACAUAAAUGUGUUUAUAUGGGGAGGAGAGAGAGAGAGAGAGAGAGAGAGAGAGAGAGAGAGAGAAGAAGAAGAAGAAGAACUGGAAGACUAUCUGGCAAUCCUAUCCCCCAGCAACUGUCCUGAGUGUAUAUGGGUUGCUAUCUUUGAUCCCAAGUUCCCAAGUAAAGGAACCAUAUUCCCAUAUUCCCUGCUCAGCUACCAUCCUAGUCUCCUGAUAUAUCCUUCUUGGGUCUUUUUCCUUAGCUCUGCCUUUCCCCUUGCCUCCCACUUUGGUCCAGUGGAGUAAAACUAGACUCCAGGUGAUACCCAGGAGACCAUCUCACCCUAGAUACUUGUGAACCUCCAGACUUUUCCUUCCCCAACCCUAAAGUCCCUUGGCUGGUGGGCUGUACAAACUGCUGUAAAAACUGCUGUUGUGUGACAAUGUGUGCUUAGAGAUCAUGGCCUUCCCAUGGCCAAGACACUGUAAGGUACAAUAUUUAUUUAUUCUGUUAGUUGAAAAACCAGAUCCCAGGCACGUGCCCUUGCCACUGGCCCUCCUGCUGGGCUCCCAUGUGCCGCAUGCCGCUUGCUCUGUGCUGUGUCUUAUCUAUCUGUCUGUCCAGCUUCCUGUGACCUUGUGGCUGUUUUUCAUACUCCAUAAAUAAAAGGCAAAAG